AUGGACUCCUCAGGUGUUUCUCCUGGGCUUCUUCACAUCAGGCUCCUCACACUGGUGCUGAUGCUGUGCUUCAGUCUGCUGUGUGGAUUCAGUCCUGUGUGUGUGUUGAGACGGGCGACACGCUUCAGCUCAGAUCCAGGUUCUCGGCAGAGGGUUUUGAGUUUGGCGUCAUGUUUGGCCUGCGGGGUUUUUCUGGCCUCCUGUCUUCUAGAGCUUCUUCCAGACUAUCUCAACCACAUGAGAGACACGUUCAGCCGCCUGCACAUCACCCUGCACUUCCCGUUAGCCGAGUUCAUCCUGGCCAUGGGCUUCCUGCUGGUGUUUGUGGUGGAGCAGAUGCUGCUGGCGUUCAGAGAGCAGACGUGCGAGGCGUCUCUGGAGAAGCAGGCGCUGAUGGACGGUGAGGACCGCAGCAGGACCGUGGAGGACGGCCGGUGUCACCUGGGUCUGCGUGUGUUCCUGCUGCUCUUCUGCGUGUGUGUGCGUGCGUUCCUGGAGGGUUUGAGCGUGGGCUCUCAGCGCGAGCGUCUGCUGGAGGAGUGUGUGACGCUGCUGCUCUAUAAGGGCCUGCUGGCCUUCAGUCUGGCCGUGCAUCUGACCCAUCACGCUCUCCGCCGGACGCUGCUGUCCGGAGCGCUGCUGCUGUUCUCGCUGGCCUGUCCGGCCGGGAUCGGGAUCGGGGCGGCUCUGGCGCUGGACGGGACGGAGUCCGGUGCUCAGGAGCAGCUGGUGCGCUGCGCCGUCGAGGGUCUGACCGCCGGGAUCUUCCUCAACAUCAGCCUGCUGGGAUCCCUGCGGCAGGAGUCCGGCUCUCCGAGGCAUCGCAUCCAUAAAGUGGCUUUCCUGCUCACCGGCUUCGCUCUGGUCACUGCCGUACUCUUCUGCAAAGUCUGAAGCAGAAAAUAGGGUUUGUAUUUGGAGCGGAUUCAUCACAGGCCCCGGUGAUCUGAGCCAAAAUAAUCCACGAGUAAUGUUUUAUUACACUGCAACACGACUAACUGCUUUAUGAUAUCAGAUAUUGUUUUGUUACAAUCUAGUUUCUGUACGGUUCGCUUAGUUAUGAUUUCAUUUCAAAUGAAUCAGUGAUUCAAUUACUUUCACUGCUGUUUUGUUUUUCUUAUUGUUUUGAUUUAUGAAAAAAUAAUCCGAAAUCAUACUAACAGACAGGUUUAUUUACUGCGGAGAGAUCAUGAGGAGAAUAAAAUACUAGCAAUGUUUGACAUUUUCUGCUGCUUUAGUUUAAAUAUCCUGUGUUUUAUAUUAAUAUAUACCGUGUUAGAUGAAGUGCUCCAGUAUUUGACAUGUAGGAUCAGGCUACAGUUAUAAUCAUAACUGCAUUGAUUCUGUUCCUGUGUGAAACAUUAAUAUGAUCCUGCAGCAGUCUGACACACACACACACACACGUCUGUAUUAUCAGAGAACUGAUUUAAUGUUUAUGUUCACAAAUAAAGUGUUUACGACAGUAUUUGAUCACAAUAAAUCUAAUUAAAAUAAAUAUAAUAA